UCCCAAAUCCCGGCCCACAAAAGUCAAAACCUAGCCAGCCAAAGCAGUUGCGAGUUGCCGAGCGAUCGCUGCUCGCCGCCUCCCGUGCCGGACGCCGCCGCCUCCCCGCGCUUGCUGCCUUCCCGCGCUUCCAGCGGGCGGAAGGACGGUAGGGACAUCUCCGCUGACGCCUCCGCCGCCGCGACGGCCCAAGGGGACUUCACUCGGCGUCGACGUGUUGACGGCUGACCUCAACCCGGCGGCGGGCUGCUACUCAGGUGCUCCCCUGGGUACUAGCAUUUCCCUGUUUGGUGCCGAUGAUCAACAAGAGGAAGUCCCUGAAGCCAACCAAGUCGUUGAAAGAUGCUGAAGAACAGGUUGACUCCAGAUUCCAUUGGAGGAGACGCUCUUGAUGACCUAUUAUCGAAACUUGUCAGGAGUGUGGAGGUUGCAAAGGCUUCAAAGGGAGGACUACCAGAAAAGAUAUGGAUGAAGCAACAAUUUGCCAUUGGGGUCAAUGAUGUGACAAGGGUUCUCGAGCGAAUGCCUUCUCCUGCUACUCAUUCUACUCACAGUUCUAGUGAAGCACAAACUGUCUCAGGUCAGAGUAGAGCUCCUAUGGUGCCACUUCAGGCUGUCCUUGUAGCUGCUGAUUGCAAUCCCAAAUGGUUAACAAAACACAUACCAACCCUCGCAUCUACGAGGCAGGUUCCCGUAUUGUGCCUCAAGGACAACAAAGGAGGCUCACUGAGGUUAGGUCACGUGGUGAAUGUCAGAACAGCACUCGCCAUUGGUGUAAAGGCCAGAGAUAGCAUAAUCAACAAGACUAUUGAUGAGGUCCUGAAGGGUAGUAAGCUGGCUGAUGAACCGUAAAUGAGCUCCUAGUCCAGUAACAUGGUGGACUAUAAGAAAUCAAACUUCUGGGCGUGUAACAUUUCAAGAGCAUGUGAGUGGUGGGUUAACAUGGACACAAGGAAGAAGUUUUAAAAGGGGAUCAAUGAUGUUACGAAAUCGUGGCAUAUCAAUCUGACCCCAACAUUUGGAAAACUUUUUCUGCCAACAUUCAUGAAGAACAGACCAGGCUAGUUUGCUAUGUACCUGCAGUUUUGUUUGAGUAGAGCGUACCUAGAGGGAACACAAAGGCGUUUGUGCACAGCAUGCCCAUUGCGAUCUUGGAUCACCACCUAUGUCCUACUCCACUUAUUCGACAACCGUCGAUGUAAAAAUAUCUUGGCAUGCUUGUACGUCUAAUGGGUGAAGUUUUUCUUGAAACUCUACAGCAAUUGUUCCUUUUACUGUA